AGCAAUAUUGAUUACGCAGUAAGUUGGGGAAAUAAAUCAACUUCAGUUCCAACCCACAAUACAUAAAAGUCAACCCUUUAAUCACUUAGAACUUGAUUAUAUCUGACGUUAUUAUAUUCGACGUCAUAGUAGCCAUUUCGCGCAGCAGCAAUGAUAACAAUUCUGUAAUACGUAUAUAAACAUGCGACCAAUUAGAACAAAGUAUCACCCGGUACUUCCCCAACAGUGGAAACACCCAACACAAAGAAACAGACACCGGACCGUAGUAUAAGUUGGAUAUAUUUAAUUGCCAUGGUAGGUGCAGGGACAAGGGUAUUGUUGCGAUGCUGUGGUCAUUUAAAUCGCAGCCUAAUAAGAAGAUAUUCAACAGAUCCACAAAUAUGCAUCGUUGGGUCGGGGCCAGCUGGGUUUGGGGUUGCGCAAUCUAUUCUUAAACAUCACCCCACAGCGAAAGUCGACAUGUUCGAGCAAUCACCAGUACCCUACGGAUUGAUCAGGAGAGGUGUUUCUCCCGACCACCAAGAUGUUAAGAAUUGCAUCCACGGUUAUGAACGAACUGCAGUCUUACCAGGAUUCUCGUUUUACGGAAACAUUGAGGUUGGAUCAGCAUUGUCAUUGGUUGAAUUACAAGCGGCUUAUCAUGCUGUUGUUCUUUGUACCGGGGCACAAGAAGAAAGGAAGCUUGGGAUUCCUAGGGAGAAUUUACGAAACAUUUUCACGUCGCUGCAAUUUGUUGGUUGGUACAACGGUGACACCAAUCAUCAGGAUGUUAAUGUUGAUGUUGGUGGUCGGACGGCUGUGAUUGUCGGUCAUGGGAAUGUAGCGCUGGAUUGCGCAAGAAUGUUGCUCAAACCAACACACAUGUUCAAGAACACCGACAUAAGCUCUGAGGCAUACAAUAAGUUGAUGAAAUCGGAAAUUAAAAAAGUUUAUUUGAUUGGGAGGCGUGGACCAUUGCAGAUGGCUUGCACAAGGAAGGAGUUGGCAGAAAUCACUGACCUGGAAGGGGUUGUCACACAAGUUGACACCAAUGUUUUUACCCCAGCUGUCAAUCAAGCCAUCAAUAACAAAGAUUUAAAACGUCGUAAACAGCAUCGAUUGGUCAAAUACUUGAUGAAAGUUGCAAACGUAGAAAACAAAUACAUUUCUAAGGAAUUUGAAAUAAAAUAUUUACGAUCGCCGCAUUCAAUAACCACCAAUGAUGAUGUCACAAUAGCCGGCAUUAACUUCAAUAUAAAUAAACUUGAGGGUGACAAUGUGUACGAACCUCUAGUGACAUCUAGUGGAGAGUUGGAACACAUCUCGUGCGACCUAUUGAUCUCAUGCAUCGGGUAUACAAACAAAUUGUUUGAUCCAAACAUCCCGUACAAGGGGGGGAAGAUGGUUCACGAUAAUGGUCGUAUAAAACCUGGUUUAUACGCAAGUGGUUGGUGUAGAGACGGCCCACUAGGGGUCCUCGCUGACACGUCCAACUCGAGCACCCAAACAUCCACUUCCGUAUUAAACGACAUUGAUGACUUAAUAACCAACAAACCAUCAUGCCGGGGUUACAAAGAUAUUUUGCCCACGCUGGAGGAAAAAAACAUUGACGUAAUAACAUGGCAUCGCUGGCAAACAAUUGACGAACACGAAGUUAAUGAAGGAAGGAAAGUCGGAAAAGUUCGCGAAAAACUUUUAAGCGAGGAAUCUAUGAUUGAAGUUUCAAAAUAAAUCACAUAAUUUCAAUUCAGAUUGUUAUUUACUGCGUUUUGUGGAAAAUAUUACAGUUUUCAAUAGUUGUUGUCGCAAAGAAGUUUUUAGCGAGGAAUCUGUUAUUGAACUUUCGAAAUAAAUCAAAUAUUUUCAA